UGGAAAAAUCCAAAAUUUCCAAAAAUUCUCAUUUCAACAUGUUUUUUACAUUAUUUAAAUUAUUAUAUUCUGUGAGACUUAGUUUUAAUUUUUAAAGUUUAAUUCCUAUGGAUUCGGGCUUGGUUAAGAAAACAUCAGAUUUAACAUCAAGUUUUAAGGCCGUAGCUGUGAAGCGUGGCUACUACGAAGAUGAAUUCAUUGACGCAUUUGUCGAAACCACUAAUCAUUCUCCUCUCAUGAACAUUUUACAUACCAUUCGUACAAAUUCGUUACGUCUAGUUUUGGACAAAUUCGUGUCUCAGUUCCCUAGGGAAAGAGUGCAACUAGUAAAUCUUGGUGUUGGAUUUGAUACUAUUUCAUUCUACGCCCUGAAGAAUUAUGAGAAUGUCGUGUGUUUUGACACGGAUUUCCCCGAUCAAAUGAGGACCAAAUCCAAUAUUAUAGCAGGGAAUGACAUAUUCAGAACACUGUUACCUGAUCUCAAGAUGGUUGACAACUUUGUUAUGUCAGAACGAUACAAAAUUGUACCAUAUGACUUGGCUGAUCCCACAGGGUUUAACAAUCUUAUUGAGGCUGGCCUAUCUUCAGAGUUCCCGACGUUGUAUUUCGCUGAGUUUGUCUUUAUGUAUGUCAAAUCAGAAUUUGUCAAUGAGGUGAUUGAACGGUUGUAUUCAUUUUCUAGUGCUGAUUCUGUGAUUGUAGUUUCAGAAUUUGUCUCGUUACCCACAGAAAUUACCAACUUUUACUCUAAACUUCUUAAAUGUGCAGGAGUUACAGCUUUUGGACCUUAUGAAUAUCCAAAUAUCAAAUCACAAAUCCAGAGGUACAGCAGGCGCUGGAAUGUGAAGUUGGUUUGUUACAGUGAAUUCUACAAUCUAAACACCUCAGAAGAAGAAAAAAAGAGAAUCAAAAGUUUGGAAAAGUUUGAGAAAAUGAGAGAAUUAGGCGCCUUAUGCUCUCACAUUUAUAUUACUCUACUGUAUAAAAAUACUAUUCCCACUGUGAUAUCACUGUUUAACGUGGAAAACUAUGAUUACACAUUGAGAAAUGAUUAUGACAUUCCCUAUGGAUUGGAGUAUGAUUAUAAUACUGAAGUUGAUCUUGACUGUUUCUAUCACUUGGAUCUUGGAAACACUAAUUUAGACGAGAUUUUUUCCAGUAAUUCUAGCUCCAGCUUUCUCAACCAAUUCAACGUCUCAGCAUAA